AUGGAGAUCAAAGAAAACAACAGAUUUUCAAGUAUCUCCUCUCCAUUAAUGUCAUCUUCUUCGAUGGCUAUCCUCCUGGUUGUUCUAUGCUUUGUCUUUAACGACCCGAACGCUGCAUUUGCAGUCGGACCGGGCGCUUCCUUCAUUCCCAAAGAUAACUUUCUCAUUGACUGUGGAGCCAACAAGGAACUUGGUGCACUCCCUGAUGGAAGACUGUUCCAAACUGAUGAACAAUCCGAACAGUACUUAGAGGCCAACGAUCAUCUCGUAGCAGCCGCUGCACCGGAGAUGAAGGCACCGUCCCCGGUCGAUUUAACAGCAAGAAUAUUCCUCCAAGAAGCUACUUACAUUUUUCAAAUGGCAGAGCCAGGAUGGCAUUGGCUACGCCUCCAUUUCUUGCCUGUUAAAAGCAAUGACUUUGAUCUCUUAGAAGCCAAGUUUUCAGUAGUCACUGAAAAAUAUGUGUUGCUUCAUAGCUUCAACAUCAAUAAUGAUUCCACAUUUGUUCUUAAGGAGUUUCUUCUCAAUAUCACUGACCCAAAACUGUCAAUCACAUUCUUCCCAUUGAAGAAUUCAGCUGCUUUUAUCAAUGCCAUCGAGGUCGUCUCGGCUCCGAUGGACUUGAUAGCUGACUCGAACAUGGAACUGUCUCCAGUCGGGACGAUCGAGGGGCUAACGAAAUAUGCGUUUCAGACAUUGUAUAGGUUGAACAUGGGAGGACCUAUAAUCACUCCAAGAAAUGACACUAUUGGGAGGACAUGGGAGACAGAUGAGAUAUACAGGACACCAAAAGCAGCUGGUAGGAGUGUCAUUGUUGAGACCAAGAGCAUUAAAUAUCAAGAUGGGUUGGAAGAAAUUGGCAUGUUAAUAGCUCCUCCAAGUGUGUAUGCCAGUGCAGUUCAAAUGGGAGAAGCUCAUACAAGUGUACCAAAUUUUAAUGUCACAUGGAAAUUGGAGGCAGAUCCUUCAUUUGGGUAUCUAAUUCGCUUCCAUUUCUGUGACAUUGUAAGCAAAGCACUCAAUAAUCUGUAUUUCAAUGUUUAUGUAAAUGGGAAGCCUGCUAUAACCAACUUGGAUUUGUCACACAAGCUAGGGAGUUUGGCUACUGCAUACUACAAGGAUGUUGUGGUUAAUGCUUCCUUGAUGGUAGGGGGAUUGACGGUUCAAAUUGGUCCGGCGAACGUCGAAACGGGUGAUAUGAAUGCCAUUUUGAAUGGCUUAGAGGUACUGAAAAUAAGCAAUUCUGUUAAUAGUUUGGAUGGAGAG